ACUCAUUUUAGCCAACUUCCGAGCAUGUCAGCAGCCUGUCGGUAAAUCAGUGUAAUGUUUACUAUUUCUUAACAUGUUUGGGGUAAUGCCCACAGUAAUUAUUAACAGGUCCUUUUAGCGAACAGGGUUUCAGCUCUGCUUUGUUCAUGUUGUUUUAAUUCCUGACAAAAUGUGUGUGAGAUAUCUGCUCCUGGUUUGUUUCCUGGGAGUACUGAAAGGUAAGAGCUCUGCAUCCUAUCACUUAGACGCACUUUAUUUUGUUGAAACUCAUUUAAUCUGUACUUUCGGUUGCUCUUGUAUUCUAGAUUCAUGUGCGGCUCAGUCUUGUCAAGCUCCAAUCUUGAAUGGUGGUUUUCUUGUCCCUGAACAAAACACUUAUUCAAAUCAAGAAAAAAUAACCUAUGCCUGUGAGUAUGGACACAAACCAGUAGUGGAGGGUUGGUGGGCUACAAGCACAUGCCAGGACGGGAAAUGGAUCCCUGAACCACAGUGUAUCAGUAAGUGUUCAUAAGUAGAUUUUUGGAUCUCUUAGUUUAAAGUUUGAUGUGAAACGUUGUGUACCCUGCUCAGUGAUUGUGUAUGAAGAUUAUCUUUGACUUGUCUGGUCUUCUGGGAGUUUUUUUAAGAAGAUUAAUGUUAGUGUCACCAUUAUUAGUGUUAUUUGUAAAACAUAAAAACGUAUUUCUCCAAACAGAUGAAACAGCCUGUCUUCCACCAACAAUCCCUAAUGCAGUAUAUACAACCAGCCCAGACGGCUGGUAUGAGGAGGGGGAAAAAAUCAGGGUAUCAUGUGAUAAGGGGUAUAAACUGAUAAACAGGGAUGCCACGGCCGUCUGUGUAAAUGGAACCUGGUCCUCUAUGCCCGUCUGUCGAAGUAAGUCUACCUCAAGAUGGAAGAAAUAUCAGUGUCCACUUACCAGAGUAUAAAGCAACAAUGAAGCCAUCCAUCAGACCAUUUCCUGUCCUUACUCAUGAUCUGUUUUAUUUUUUGUGUGCACAGAAAGUGAUCACUCAUGCAGUGAACCUCCACAAGUCCCUCAUGCAGUCAUUGUUGGUCAGAAAUACCACGAGGUGUUUGCUGUAGAUUCAAUGGUGCAGUAUGAAUGUGAGAAUGGAUAUACCAUGGAAGACGACAGCACAAAAACAGUCUUCUGCAUGUCAGGAAACUGGAGUGAACGCCCUGUAUGCAGUAAGUAGACAAUAUGUUAAUUCUCCCACAGUAAUGAUGGCAAUAAAGAACAGAGUUAUUACAGUUACAGUUAUUACAAUUACAUAGGUAGGUAGGUGUCAAGUGAUGAGGGCACAUUUAAAAAAUAUAAAUAUAUAUUUUUUUAUUAUUUUCAAUGUGAGGUGCAUGCUAGACAUUCAAAAUAAAACAAAAUGUAUGUUUUUGAGGAAAAUCAGGGCUGCCAAAAUCAACACAACACACACAGAAGUUCCUCAAAGGAGCUUUAAAUCACUAACAUUUCUUACCAUGAACCUCAGGGAAGCUGGGACCAGAAAAUCAAGUUUCAUUCAUACAAAGUCAGUUCAUAAGCUCUUAAAGGACACUUUCCAAUUUGAACAGGGCGAGACUGUGACCUUGCUAAUGCAUGGAUACAGACAGAAUAUAAUAGAAAACACACUUUUUUAUAUUAAUGCUGAAAUCAAAACCACAUUCUUUCAACAAGGCUGAAAUAUAGAGCAAUAAAUAUGAAUCCUCAAAAAUUCACCAAUUAAGAAUCAUGAAAAAAAAAAGAAAAAAAAACAGUAAAAUAUGCUCAAGUGUAUCUGUGAAUCCUUUUUUCCUCAGGCAGUAGGAUGAGACCAACGACAGGAGAUGGACAUGGUGGAUCCACAGGGGGAGGAGAAGGUGACAGACCCUCGACAGACAGAGAGACUCCGCCUGCAGGAGGAGGUAGGUAACUGUUGUGUUUUCACACGUACACCAGUAUCAUCGCUGCAGGUACGGCACAUGCAUCCACGGGGGUAGCUAGAUGAGUUAGUCAGCCGUAGUUCAAACUGAAAGUCAGGGGUUUGUGUCCUUGAACCAGACUCCUAACCUCAAACUACCCACCCUGGCUGCCACAGUGAUUGGGAUUAGAUAACACUGAUGGGUGCUCCACAGAGCAGCCUCUGCCAUCAGUCUGUGAACAUGGUUUGAAUGGUUGAAUGUGGCAUGAAAUGUAAAAUGUACUGUAAUGUACUGAGGUUAUCUGUACAUUGAUAUUUACAUUCUGCAUAUCUAAAGUCUUUUCUUUAUUAUUGAGCGGGUACAGGACAUGGCUCGGCAGGAGGAGGACACACUACGUCUUCUGGGAGGGCACCCCCGCAUGUGGAGAGUAAGUUUUGAUCAGGAUGUUGAUCAGAAAAUCUUAUGAACCAUUUUGGCUGAUUUUGGGGGUGUAGAGUCAAAUUUAAACUUCAAGUAUUGGUUUUGAUGUUUGAAUAGCUACAGAAUAACCUACUACGAUGAAAUUUAACUCCUUGCUCUUGCUAGAAAUUGCACAGUUCAUCUUUCUUCAAUGAAAAAAAAAAACAAAACACUUAAUCAGUGCAUCUGCGCCUCAGCCCGCUUGCUCAAUUUGUUUAUAUUUCAGAUACAGUUUGGAAUAAUAUUCUAUGCACAUUAUCUUUUCGUUUAUCAUUCAAUCAUCAUUGUGUAUAUAUUUUAUUUUGAAUAUCAUAGUUCACAGUAUCUUCAUUUUUCCAGAGCCGUUUUUUGUUGUUGUUGUUGUUGUUGUUGUUGUUGUUGUUGUUGUUGUUGUUGUUGUUGUUGUUGUUGUUGUUGUUGCUGCUGUUGCUGUUGCUGUUGUUGUUGCUGCUGCUGCUCGCAUUGCCUGGUGCUGUAAUACCAUGAUGUCUCAGUUUGUGAUUUAUGGAGUUCAUUCCUUAACUAUGUGUUUACCUGUAUUUCUCAGUCAGUCACUGUGGGACUUAUCCCACUGUUCCUGAGGGUGACGUUGUGAUGACUACUACUUGGUUUUUGAAGUACAUAUGCAAUUAUUUUUACAAACUGGAGGGUCCAGAGACGGUGCUGUGUAACAGAGAUGGCUCAUGGACACGAACACCCAUCUGCAGAGGUAUUUAUAAGACAGAUCUGGUACAGCACUGUAUGAAGAGAGAAAAUAUAAAAUGAUAACUUCUUUUCUUUUGUACAGCUGUCUUCUGUAACAUAAACACUGAUCAACAUUCAUGGUUGGUCCCAGUGGGAAAUAAACUUUUACAACAUGGUGAGACUGAAGAGUUUAAAUGUGUAAAACUGAAACGCUGGUGGACUGACCAUUACUCUGUGGCCAAAUGCUUAAAUGGACGAUAUACACUUCAGAAAUGUAAGUAUAUCUUUGAGGGCUUUUUAAUACUCAUAAGCAUUAAAAAAAAAAAAUUAAAGGACACAGACUUUCCAAGUGUAUUUUCUUAACUGUCAUUAGAUAAAAUAAAUGAUAUGAGUGCUGACCGUCUUCCAAUCUCAACGACAUGUUUUAUAUAUCAGAACAAGAUAAUGAAGACGACAAAAUCAUCAACUUUAGUAUGAUCCUUUAGCACACCCAUUUAAAGAUUCUCUCAGCAUCAGCUCUCAAACAUGUAACCACUAACCACUCCUUAGAUAUAUCUAUUUUAUGAACUUUGCUCAUUUGCUCUCAGAGACGAGCAGAUUGAUUCUCCGCUUGUGUCUGUUCAUCAUAGAUAAAUCUCCAAGCAGCAGCAGGUUAAUUCAUCUUAGCACAGACACACAGGCUCAGUCUUAGUCUGACUCAGUCUAAAGUUACCAAAAUCAACAUACCAACACCUUGACUGCUCAAAACAAGCAUGUCCAGGAGUCUCAUUUGUUCAAUCCAUUCAAAAGGUGACAUAUUUGACCACAAAGGUCGUUAUCUGAACUAUUUCCUGUCUGGAAGUCUGGGGUGUACGAUAACCUCACAAUAUUGACAAAACUCCUCAAGGUAUCAAUUUUUUUUUCAGGAAUCAUCAUUAACAGUUAAGAACAAUGCAGCGUCUUUGGCUUUACUAUUCAAGGAUCCUAUGUUCAUGUCUCAGUCAUGACUGUAUAAAGUGUUGACCAUAGACUGUAUAAACUGCAUAGCAGCCUCUGUCAACACUGUAUGAAUGUUAUGUGAAUGAGUGAACCUGACAUGUAAUAUAAAAGCAUGUCAUAAAAAGCACUUGGAGUGGUCAGACGAUUAGACAAAAUGCUUUUGUAUUUGUAUUUGUUUAUUUAGCACAGAUUAAAAACAGUGCAAGGAGGGAACAAAGCUGAUAGGCUUAUACAAAGUUCCACUCCCGUCAGGGCAGAGAAAGCAUAAGGUGCAGACAACUAAGUAACAUAGACAGGUUACAUAUGUACAGUGUUAUAUGCUGUGCACAAUUGUCCAUGCUCACUGCUGUGUCUGUUUUCAGGUUGUAACAGGGUAGAGCUAACACUGGUGAGUGUUACUCCUGCAUCAUUUGGUUGAAACAGAUUGGAUUUAUGCUGCAUGUAAAUGUUCUGAAUGACGUUUUACAUCUGCUUGGUUAACUUACAUUUGAUGUUCUGCAUUUACUCUCCAUAAAUUUUGAUUACACAUUCAGUCAUUGAUUGUUAUUUCUAAACCUUGUGUCUUGUAUCCAGAAUACAUGCUAAGGCUGAAUCACACAUGGGAAGACUCUGCUGCCUCUGGAUCUGCUCUUCACUGACCAUAAUGCCACUUUGGAGAAAUAAGCAAAUUACGAAUAAAGGCGUUGAUGAUGGCUGUUCAUGUCAAUCUGCAAAUACAUAGAUGAUGGAGGAUCAGUAUUGAAGUAGACAAGAAUAACAUAUUAAUAUGAUGAGAUUUGAUAUACAUGCCUGAAUAAAGUCUUCAUCUCAGAUCUAAUUUAAAACUUUUGUCAAGUUUCUUAAAACUUUGUGGGGUCACAAUGCCAAAAAAAUUAAAAACGUCUGUGUUUCUUAAAGCUGGUUUUAUUGAUAGUUGAUACAAGAUUUUUUUUUUAAAACUGUCUCAGAAUGAGCAGAACUAAACACUUAAUGUUGUGCUAUUGCCAAACAGUAAAAAUCCAUCAGCAAAACAACCUUAAAAUGUAACAGGUGUCUUUAAAUGUGUUGUCUGAACCGUUCCAGUUUACAGUUUUGUUUAAAGUCUUGUCUUUCUUAAAACAGAUUGUUAUGAUAAAAAAAUCUGAGGACACAUAUUAUGCUUUAAUGAUAAAGUUCAUGAAUCCAUAAAUAAGUACCAUAACUUCUAUCACUUAAUUGUGCUUGAGUUUGUUUCAAUGAAAAAAAGAAACCUUUUUGGUUUUUUACAACUUGGCAACUUCUCAGCCAGCUUUUGCAAAGACUGUACUGUAGCAAGUCUUUAUUUCUCACAAUCUUAUUAACAUUUAUCAAUAUAUGUUUAUUUUAUAAAACCAUGUUAUUGUUUUAUCCAGUUUAUUGUAAUUUACUCAAACCAAAAACUGAGAUGCCAAGUUACAUAAAUUCACUAAUUAAGGAAUCAAAAUUGCCAUU